AUGGGGGAGGUAGUGAAAAUGUUAUUUGUUUAAAAAGGAUAAACGUGGAAAAUAAUUUUUGUGGAAGAUUGUGUAAAUUUGAAUUAGUUAUUUGAAAUAAUCUCAGAGUGCAAUAUUAAAUAAAAAAAAACUUAAGAAUCUUAAAAAGUGAAAAGAAGAGGUUAAUUAAACACUUAGUUUAAGGAAAAAAAGAAAUCUAUUGAUGUUCCCAUUCAAUAAUAAUCCCCAUAAGAUAUUUAGUUUUUAUAUUGAUAUAAGUGAAGUAGAUAAGAACUUUGCCGAUAAAAAUAAUAUUGAUACAUAAUAGUAACUAUAGAUUCAAUAGAUGAGACUGAAGAAUCAUUAAAAGAAGUAUUAUCAAAGUUGCAUAACAUUUUUCGAAAUCAAACUUUCAAAUAGAUAGAGAGAAUUACCAUGA